AUGGAUAUUCACCGCUGUCGAUUCGUGUCCUACAAUCCUCAGGCUAUCAACUCGCUUGCCUUCUCGCAUCCCCCUUCCGCUGAUCUCGCCGGGCGAGGUGUGCCCACUCUUCGACUCGCAAUCGGCCGUGCGAACGGCGAUAUCGAAAUAUGGAACCCGAUGCGCGGAGUGUGGUUCCAGGAGACUGUGCUACGUGGAGGGAAGGACCGAAGUAUUGAAGGCCUAAUUUGGACACAAGACCCCCAUGAGGACGGACCUGCGGGUGCCAAGCUGCCGGGCAAGCUGCGCCUGUUCAGCAUCGGCUACUCCACAGCGGUCACAGAGUGGGAUCUCGAACAGGGACGUCCACUGCGCCACUCCAGUGGAAACUACGGUGAAAUUUGGUGCCUUGCUGCCCAGCCGCAGUGGCAGCCUACCAAGAGAGGCGCAAAUGGAAAAUUCCUUCCACCGGCUGAGGGAGAGUAUCUGGGCCAGCACCUGGCAGCCGGUUGUGCGGAUGGAUCAAUUGUGAUCCUGUCGACUGCCGAUGGUGAUCUCAGGUUCCUUCGUCUGAUGCGUCCUUCCACGAAGCGAGCGCGGGUUCUGAGCGUUACCUUCCAGAACCGCAACACCAUCGUCGCGGGCUACGCCGAUAGCUCUAUUCGUCUCUUCGAUAUCCGCAACGGACAACUACUGAGAACAAUCUCACUUGGAAAAGGACCAACAGAUGGCCCUAAGCAGCUGCUGGUUUGGUCCGUCAAGUGCCUGCCGGAUGGCACGAUUGUUUCUGGAGAUUCCGCGGGCGAGAUCCGCUUCUGGGAUGCUAAGAACUACUCCCUCAUCCAGCGGAUACAGGGCCAUCUUGCAGAUGUGCUUGAUGUGGCUGUGAGCGCGAAUGGUGAUACUGUCAUCAGUGGUGGCGCAGAUCAGAGAACAGUGGUUUACCGCAAGAAGGAUGUCGAGAAGGGUGAUAAGAAGAGCCGCUGGGCAGAGGUCAUGCAUCGCCGAUACCAUUCCCACGACGUUAAAACAUUUGCUGUUUACGAGACGAAAGAGAUCAGUAUCGCUGUAUCUGGAGGUCCUGAUGCGACACCCGUUGUCCUGCCGCUCCGGGAAUUUGGGAAAGAACACCACCGCAAGCUUUCCAGCCUUCCUCAGAUUCCACAACUUACUUCCGCGCCUUCCUCUCGUUUGGUGAUGAGCUUCUGGGACCGAGAGGUGAGUCUCUGGCGAGUCUCUCGAGGCCCAGCUUCUCUGAAUGAGAAUAUCGAUGGCCAGAGGCAUAGACUCGUCGCAAAGGUUAUGAUUCAGGGUGAAGAAAACAUCACUUCUGCUAUGCUGUCCCCAGAUGGAAAGACCCUUGCUGUCGCCACAGUAUCCGACGUCAAGCUGUUCACUGUUCGCCGGCGCAAGGGCGAUGAGAAGGGCGCUCUCCGAAUCCAGAAGAUCGAUGUCCCCAAAUCUCUUUCUAGCGAAGGCGCACGUCUCGUGACGAUCUCACCGGAUAGCCAAUGGCUCUGCAUCAUUCGCCCCAACAGCGGCGUUUAUGUGGCUCGAAUUCAGUUGGUCUCUUCAGGCACCGAUAAACCAGAAAUAUUAGCGCAGCUUGCACUUCUCAAGCGUGUCAAGCGGCAUACACGACACGAAAAGGCCUCUCACGGUACACUGGGUGAGUAUGAGCGGGCAAUCCGGUCCGCUGUGUUCUCUGACGAUAGCAAGACCCUCGCUGUCGCUGAUCUGUCUGGGUGUGUUGAUACCUGGGUUCUGAGUCCCACGGCGAACUCUGGCGCCACCGUCAAUGCCAAGACAAACGGCGUAUCCAAAUUGAAUGACGACUCAUCUGACGAGGAGGACGAGGACGAGGACGUUGUGUUCGAGGGCCAGCAGUGGCAGACAGCAGCUUCAGAGUCUCCAAUUCCUCGAAUGAAGGCCGGCAUCACCUUGUUGUCCUUCCGUCCUCAGAGCUCUCCGCCGAAGGCCCUGACCAAUGGCAACAGCCACACUGGCCCCUCGGCCGGAGAGGACCGAUUGAUGGUUGUCACAAGCGAGCACCAGCUCAUUGAAUUUGAGGCUCGCAGCGGCAAGCUAUCAGAUUGGUCUCGACGAAAUCCCAAAGCUUACCUCCCUGUCGAAUUCCGGGGCGUGAAGGACCGCGCCAUGGGCUGCAUGUGGGAUCUUUUCGAGGGCCGCGAGCGCGUCUGGCUGUAUGGAUCCUCAUGGCUGUGGAUGUUCGACACGUUGCAAGAUUUCCCUUCUCCCGAAGAAUUCAAGGCCGCGGAGAACGAAGCCUCUGAACAGCUCGUCAAGGCUUCGAAGCGCAAGCGCGAUCCCUUCGAGGACGACGAGAAGGACCGCAAGAAGCCCAACAGCGGUGCUGGUGACAAGGUUCCCCGUUCACAGAUGGACAUCCACCUUGGAUCCAAGGUUCGCAAGAUCGUGGGCUGUGACGAGUCGCAGGGCGAGUGGAUAUCCCUCGAUCAAGAACGCUCGCGCAACUACGAGGACGAUGAGGCUUACGAGUAUGACGAGGCCUUUGCUGCAACCAACGAAUCAGCUCUGGCCCGUCUCCGACGCGAGGACGGAGCCGCCAUCGAAAACGGGACUCCUCGGAAGAGCUCUCAGGGUAAAUCGACGCCCGGCGCCAACGGGCUUGCAGAUUCUCAGAAAAAGCAGCUUGUGGUGGCCAAUGGCACCGCGCCCCAACCGCCACGCCGCUGGUGGCACACGUACAAGUACCGUGAUAUUCUCGGGAUCGUCCCCCUCAGCAGUUUGUCAGGCGACGACCUGGAGGAGGACGGGAACCCGUCCGGGAACCUGGAAGUGGCCGUGGUGGAGCGGCCGAUGUGGGAUGUCGAGCUGCCUGGUCGGUACUUGAGGGACUAUGAGUAA